GAGAGAGAGAGAAAAUAAAAAAGAAAUCUAACCUUUGACCGUUCCUCUUUUCUCGCGUUUCUUGCUUUCUCCCUUGAUUUAUCUCUGUGUAUCAUGCGUAUCGAUGUUAUUUUCUCGUUGUGAAUUUCCCACCUGGUAUCUGUACUCUAUGUUUGAGUCCGCUCGACACGAUUUAUUCGCUUUUCGACGCAAAUAUUAUGGUACUGAUGUACGGUGAUCACGAAACCUGACCUUGACACUCGGUGUCCGAUCGCGUGGAUCGACUAGCCGCGAUAUUUUGUAUUGAGGGACUGCUGGAGGAUUUCGAUUUUUCAUGACUGGCCCGUCAUGAACGAAGAUGACGUGUGGAACGAACUGGCUAACAUUCCUGCCGAUCCGCCUGAAACGAGAGACAAGUGCCAACAAUGCAAGAGACCUGUACAGGUGUGCUGGUGUCCAGGUCUACCAAAGCAACGUCUCAAUCCAGCAUCAAGGAUAAUAAUUUUGCAGCAUCCAGCGGAAGCAAAACGCUGCCUGCGUACAGUACCAAUGCUUUCAUUGGCAUUGGAAUUGGGAAAGUGCCUAAUUUUCAGAGGAAAAAAAUUUCCAUUGCCUAAGCAUGAGGGUUUGGCUGACAUUCUAAAUGAUAAGAAUACUAUUUUAUUAUAUCCAUCACCUGGUGCAGUUGCAUUGAAUACAUUGGAUCCAGUUGGUGUUAACGAACAAAAGGCAUAUAACUUGAUUCUAUUGGAUGGAACAUGGCCACAAGCAAAAGCGAUAUAUCACUCGAGUCCAGCUCUAUACUUUCUGCGAGCUUGCAAACUUAUUGGUGUGCCCACUAGUGAAUAUGUAAUUAGGACACAGCCAGCGGAAGGCUGCCUUUCGACACUGGAAACAGGCGCAAGUGCACUCUCAAUUCUGGAAGGUGAUCCCGAAUUGAGAGAAAAAAUGUUAGGUCCAUUACAUUAUCUAUGUAGAUUUCAAUUAGAAAACGGCGCAGUAACACACCAGAGCAAGGAAUUCCUUAUCAAACAAAAAGCUUAUCCCAAAUUAAUUGGCAAAAGACUUGCCAAACAAUUGCGAAUAUUGCCGGAUAAUACUUCGUAACAUUGGGAUAUAUUCAAAAGUUCGAUAGAUAAAAAAUAAAUUUUCUGUUAAUAUUUAAAAAAUAAAUAACUUUCGUGAACUUCAGCGUAAAACGUACUUCAAUAGUAAUAGUUAUAUGUAAUCCAGAGUGCAAUUUUGAUAUCAAUGAUCUUGAUAUCACUCUUCAUAUAGUACAAAAUUUCAAUUUCACAGUUUGACUGCUUAAUGUUUAAAGUAUUUCUCGAUGUAAUAAAAACAAUUUCAUAUUUUCAAAAUAAACAGCAUCAA